UUCUUCUUCUUCUUCUUCUUCCCCAAAUCUCUGUUUCUCUCUCUUAAAAUCUAACCCCCUGAGAUUUGAAGCUUAAUCCUGAAUCGGACGAUGGAUCUGGCGCCGGAGGAGCUUCAAUUCCUAUCCAUCCCGGACAUUCUCCGAGAAUCAACAGCAAUCCCAAAACAGUCGCCGAAAACAUUCUACCUGAUAACCCUAACCCUAAUCUUCCCCCUCUCCUUCGCCAUCCUCGCCCACUCUCUCUUCACCCAGCCGCUCCUCAACCAGCUCCAAGGCCCAUCCACCGACCCGGCCCAGCUCCACCACAAAUGGACCCUCCUCCUCCUCUUCCAAUUCUUCUACCUCAUCUUCCUCUUCGCCUUCUCCCUCCUCUCCACCGCCGCCGUCGUCUUCACCGCCGCCUCCCUCUACACCUCCAAGCCCGUCUCCUUCUCCAACACCCUCUCCGCCAUCCCCAAAGUCUUCCGCCGCCUCUUCAUCACUUUCCUCUGGGUCACUCUCCUCAUGGUCGCCUACAACCUCCUCUUCCUCGCCUUCCUCGUCCUCCUCAUCGUCGCCAUCGACUCCCAGAACCCCCUCCUCCUCCUCUUCUCCGGCCUCGCCGUCUUCCUCCUCUUCCUCGUCGUCCACGUCUACAUCACCGCCCUCUGGCACCUCGCCAGCGUCGUCUCCGUCCUCGAGCCCGUCUACGGCUUCGCCGCCAUGAAGAAGAGCUAUGAAUUAAUGAAGGGCAAGACCGGCAUGGCGUUCGUCUUAGUUUUCGGCUACCUGACCUGCUGCGGCAUCAUUGGAGGGGUCUUCGGGGCGGUGGUAGUGCACGGCAGUGAUUACGGCGUUUUCGUGAGGAUUGUCGUCGGCGGGUUCCUCGUCGGGCUUUUGGUGAUUGUCAACUUGGUGGGGCUGUUGCUGCAGAGUGUGUUUUACUACGUAUGCAAGAGCUACCAUCAUCAGGGGAUCGACAAGAGUGCUUUGCAUGAUCAUCUCGGAGGGUAUCUCGGCGAGUAUGUGCCGCUUAAGAGCAGCAUUCAGAUGGAGAAUUUGGAUGCCUGAUAAA